ACAAAUAAUAAAAACAUUGAAAUUUGAAAAAUUUGAAAAAAAAAAUAUCGCGCAUAAAUAAUAAUAUAUGUAAGUUUAAAAUAUCAAAAUGAAACAAAUUUUCAAAGUAUUUUUUGUGAUGCUCGUUUUCAUUGUUGCUGUAAUGGCAACUCCGGUACCUAUUCAAAAACGUCAGGAAGCAACUGAAACAACUGAACCAACUGAACCAACUGAUCAAGGCGAUCAAAGUGGUCAAAGUAAUCAAAAUAGUCAAAGUAGUGCUGAUCCAUGCAGUGAAUCCGCAUUGGAUGAUAACGUCCCUACAACAUCAGAAGGACAAGAUGUUAAAGUAUACGGUUGUUCAUAAGUAAUUAUAAGUAUUAUUUAUUUAUUUAUUUAUUUUUUUACUUUUUUACUUUUUACUUUUUUUACUUUUUAUUCCAUGUAUAGAAAAAUAUUGUUAUUAAUUUAUUUUUAAAUCAACGUCAAAUAAAUAUUUUUAUUUUUAUUUUU